AUGGCCUGCCGGUGGAUUGGUGUCAAUUUGCCGAUCCUCUCGGCUAAGUGUCAAGCGGCAAAAUGGCUCAUCAACUUGCGCGCUCCACUCUUGCCCAAGAUACUUCUCGGCAAUGGAUUCCCCGGCUGCUAUCAGACGCAGGAGACGUCGUCGCGUAGCGGAGGAGAACCGCAAGAGGUCCUUCAGAGCGUACGUGCGACCGUUGUAAGGCAAGAAAGAGCAAGUGUGUUGAAUCAAACCCUGGCAGAUGCCAGCGGUGCGUCGUUAAUAACCUACCCUGCAACUUUCAACGAUAGACCCAAAUCGCCUCCGCCAAGCGGAGAUAGCUCGACAGAGUUGACCCAAGAUGCAACACUAGUCACACCGACGGAUACUGGGAAAGUCACCGCACAGAGCACCUCUGUUCUUGCAGGAGAGGCUGCCGGGGGCUCAUGGCCCAAAGUGCUUUCCCGGCUUCGAGAGGCUUUCUGCUUGGACCCACAAGGGGGCCUAGAAGAACAGCGCAUGGCCGUAGGGCAGACUCAUAUGAGCCAUCCUACAGCACUCCACCACGCGGAGCUGGAGCGUCUAGAAUCGGCUGUGCAUGCCUUCCCUCCGCAGCCAAUCGCCUCCUUUUUGCUGUCGGUCCUUAUCAAACAUGCUACCGACACAUUCUUUUAUGUUGAUCAGGCCGCAUUCGCGUCGGAGAUCCAUCAUUUCUAUACUGACCCAGCCUCGCCGUUGAGGUCCGACUCUAGUUUUGUCUGUCUCGCGAUGGCAGCCUUUGCGCUGGCAAGCCAAUGGACGACAUUGGAGAAACCAGAAGGACACCAGACCACCAUCGGUCUUGAAAGGAGUGAUCUGGGUAGGGUAUUCUUCGAUCACGCUCGAAUGCUGAUACCAGACAUAAUUGAGCGACCCUGUCUACGGUCCGUCCAGGCUCCCUUUGUAUUGGGGGUAUACUUGAUGCCUGCGAGUGCAAUUGGAUCAUCAUACGCCUACCUUGGUUUGGCUUUACGGAAAGCAUUGGCAUUGGAUCUCCACCAAGAUGUAGACGACCAAAAAUUGAAUGAACGCGAGAUUGAGGUCCGCCGUCGUCUAUGGUGGUCACUUUACUCGUUGGAGCGAUGUACUACGGUCAAGUUAAACCGGCCACGUUCCAUCAGCGUUGCUGCUAUCACGACACCCAUCCCAUCAGGACUCCCAGCACUGGAUCGAAGCCAGAAAUUCGAUAACCUCAGCUUUCAACUCGCCUAUAUGCGGUUGGUCCAAAUCCUAGACCAUAUUUCCGAUCCUGAGCUGGGAAGCACCGGUGACGAGCUUGCGCUCCUUGCAAAAUACGAAUCGGACCUCAAAGAAUGGAAAAGGUCCCUACCUCUAGAAUUCAAACUUCAGGAUACUGACCCCCACGACUCGAGAUAUCGCGCUAUCUUCCACCUCUACCUCAAUUACUACUAUGCAUGGAUCACCAUAGGAAAAACGUCUCUGAUCUCAGUGGUUCGAGCAAAACUCCGCUCCUGUGCAACUGGGUCCCAGCCUGCCCAGGUCAGCAAAGUGGCCAGAAACCUAUCGAGAUCCUGUGCAAAGGCAGCUCGGAAACUUCUUGGACUGUUCGAAACCGUGAGUACGUCACAUAAAAUCACCCGAUUCUCCUUUACAGACUUCCAGGGCUGCAGCAUCGCAACAAUCGUCACCUUGCUUGAUGGGAUCCCCGAACGUGACUCGGGGUACGAGGCACGGGUUGCGUCUGGUCUGGAGCACCUUCGACAGAUGGCCAUUGGGAACGCGACAGCGAAAAUGGGCGUCCGGUUUGUGGAAGCAAUACAGUUGAUUACCAACGAAGCACGGGAGAAAGUCACUCAGUCCGCAUAUGCUGCUGGGAGAACGUCCCAGGGUAAUAGUGGCAUUUCUUCGACAGCUGAGUACUCCCAAUGGGCUUUAUGGCUCGCGCAACAGGAACAGUCCCAAGGAUUCAGUGAAAGGACAUCGUCGUUAUCUGUGGUGCCUGAAACCAUGACACCACUCUCGCAAGUCGGGCAGUGGCCACCAACACACUCUGCUGCAGGCUUGAGGCCUCCAUGGGCCGCUUAUGAGCGGCAAAUGUUUUCUCCAACCUACGUUUCGAUGCAGAAUCUCGCGCAAGAGCCACAAGUGUAUCCAGAGGAACAGGAUGCUGACUAUGAGUUCCUUCCUGCGCUACAUCAUGACGAGCAAACCUUUUUGAUGGAGCUAACAGGCCUUGGAGUGCUGGAUGUUUCUGGAUUGUCGAACCCGCUCGAAUAA